AUGAAAAUUAAGGACGUCGGAUUAGAGUCUAGUAGUCACAUUAUUAUCCAUUGCACAUUCGCAUGGCGAUUUUGGUCCUUAAUUCUUCAUAACAGUAAUGUCCGGUGGGUUUCUUCUUUGUCGACAGCAGAUUUUUUCGUUCAAUGGGUUUCUUUAUCUUCAGGCAAAUUUCGUGACCUUUGGAAGCUUAUUUGGUAUUUUGGUGCAUGGAAUCUUUGGAAAGUGAGGAACAAGCGAGUUUUUCAACAUGAGGAAACUGAGAUUUAUUCUUUACUGUUUUCUACUACUUGCAGAGCUGUAGAAUUUUACAAAUUUCAGCAUCAUGAUUUUCCUUAUUCGGAAAAUGACCCCUUCAACAUCAAAGUUAUCAAAUUUGCUACAGUUAAAAAGAAAAAAAUAAUCUUCUUCCCGGAAAAGAUUGUCAAAAAAAUGCAAGUUGAUAUCAUAUCAAGAGAACUCAUUAAACCAUCUUCACCAAUUAUUCUUCAAACUAAAAAACCUUUUAAAUUUGCCCUUUUCAAUCAGCUUACUCCAAUAACUUACACGCCAUUCAUCUUCUUCUAUCCCACCACGUCGUCGUCAUCACCUAAUAAUGUAGCUCAAACCCUAGUUCACCUCAAGGAAACUCUCUCACAAACCCUAGAUUUGUACUAUCCUUUUUCAGGAAGAGUAGUUGAUAAUUCCCAUAUUGAUCAUUUCGAUGAAGGUAUUCCUUUAAUUAUAGCUAGAAUUAAUGGGUUGGUACUGUCUGAGUUUCUUAAAAACCCUAGACUUGAGUUGAUGAACGAGUUCGUUCCGUUCAAACCUUACACUAAAGUUACAGAUAUGGGCGUUCCACAAAUGGGAUUUCAAGUGAGCGUGUUUUCUUGUGGUGGGAUUGCUAUAGGUUGCUCUGCUUCGCAUAAACUCAUUGAUGCACCUACUGGUGCUGCUUUUCUCCAUGCAUGGUCUACUCUAACUCGUACUGGUUCACUCAGUAGUGUUGUAAAACCUAAUUGUGACGAGGCAUCCGUGUAUUUUCCACCAAAAAAUCCAUUUCCUCAGGAACAUUUAGCACUAAUGGAGACAUUAUGGUUUACAGAAGGUAAUUACGUUUCGAAACGAUUCGUUUUCAAUGCUAACGCGAUUGCUACGCUUCGUAUUAAAGCAAGAGGAGAAGGAAACGAGAAGAAAAGGCCGCCAUCGCGAAUCGAAGCUUUAUCAUGCUUUAUAUGGAAAUGUUGCAUGACUGUGUCGUCUAAGGCAAUUUCAGGCGCACCAAAGCUUUCUGUUUUGGUGGAAGCAGUGAAUCUUCGGACAAGAACAAAGCCACCCAUGUCGAAUGUUUCGAUAGGCGAUAUAUUUUGGUGGGCGACCGCCAUGGCUGACCCGUCUUUUCUUGAAAAAGAAUUGCAUGACUUAGCAGCAUUACUUGAUGAAUCUAUUGGUUUAUAUGACGAUAGAGAAUAUAUGGAUUCUCUACAAGGUGACGACGGAUUCGAAACGAUGGCCGAGUAUUGUAAUCAGCUACAAGAGUUGAUUUCCGUAGAAAAACCGGAUAUUUUCGCGUUUACGAGCUGGUGUCAUCUUGGAAUUAAUAAGAUGGAUUUCGGAUUUGGUAAUCCAUUUUGGUUUGGAAUUUUAGGGAAAGUUGGACCUGCAUUUAGAAACCUUACUGUAUUUACUGAAGCAAGAGACGGCAAAGGGAUUGAAGCAUGGAUCACUCUAGAUGAAGAGAGAAUGACCAAAUUGGAACGUGAUCCUGAGUUUUUAGCUUAUGCUUGCCCUAAUCCUACAAUUUCAAGUAUGUGAGUAAUGGUACUCAUGUUGUAGCACCCUAGUAGACACACAAACCUGAAUAAUGAAAUAUUCAUUAUUCUGUUCCAGUUUGAAUUGUGCAAAUUAGGCUAUAUUUAGGCACAAUUUGAUGAAAAACGAGCGGGUAACUAAAAAAUAUACUUGUUUUAGUCCACUGCUUUUCAUUUUUAUGCUUCAAAUGAAAAUUUGUCAUUUAACGCUUUUCCAA